AUGUCUCAGAAGAUCAAGGCAGGCUCUGUGGUGGAGAUGCAGGGGGAUGAAAUGACUCGAGUCAUCUGGGAGCUCAUCAAGGAGAAACUCAUCUUCCCUUACCUGGAGCUCGACCUGCACAGCUAUGACCUCGGUAUGGAGAACCGAGAUGCAACAGACGACCGGGUGACGGUUGAGGCGGCGGAGGCAGUCCAGCGCUACAACGUGGGCAUCAAGUGCGCCACCAUCACGCCAGAUGAGAAUCGCGUGGAAGAGUUCAAGCUGAAGCAGAUGUGGCGUUCGCCCAACGGCACCAUCCGUAACAUCCUCGGAGGCACAGUGUUCAGGGAGGCCAUCAUCUGCAAGAACAUCCCCCGCCUGGUACCUGGCUGGGUCAAGCCCAUCAUCAUUGGCAGGCACGCCCAUGGAGAUCAGUACAAAGCCACAGACUUUGUGGUGCCCGGGCCUGGGAAAGUGGAGAUGACCUACACGCCCACAACGGGAGAGCCAGUUAAAUAUGUCAUCCAUGAGUUUGUGGGCACAGGAGGUGUAGCCAUGGGGAUGUACAAUACAGAUAAGUCCAUCAGGGACUUUGCCCACAGCUCCUUCCAAAUGGCUUUGUCCAAAGGCUGGCCGCUCUAUCUCAGCACCAAGAACACCAUCCUGAAGAAGUACGACGGUCGCUUCAAAGACAUCUUCCAGGAGAUCUAUGAGAAGGAAUACCGUGCCCAGUUUGAGGCCAAAGGCAUCUGGUAUGAGCACCGUCUGAUAGAUGACAUGGUGGCCCAGGCCAUGAAAUCUGAGGGAGGCUUCAUUUGGGCCUGCAAGAACUACGAUGGAGACGUGCAGUCUGACUCUGUGGCGCAAGGCUACGGCUCCCUGGGUAUGAUGACCAGUGUGCUUAUCUGUCCUGAUGGACGCACAGUGGAGUCUGAGGCCGCCCACGGCACAGUGACUCGCCACUACAGGCAACACCAACAGGGAAAAGAGACCUCCACCAAUCCCAUAGCCUCCAUCUUUGCAUGGACACGGGGCCUGCUCCACCGGGCAAAGCUGGACAACAAUGCCGAGCUGCGAGUGUUCGCUGAGGCACUGGAGGCCGUGUGCAUUGAGACCAUCGAGGCUGGCUUCAUGACCAAGGAUUUGGCUAUCUGCAUAAAAGGCCUGCCAAAUGUGAAACGUGCUGACUACUUGAACACCUUUGAGUUCCUGGACAAGCUUGCAGAGAACCUGAAGAUUAAGCUAGCCAACCCGCCCAAACUGUGAUCUCACAUCCCAGCCUCAACGCACACACGGACACACAUACAUUCAAACACACACAUCUAUACAGCUACUGGAAUGAACAUUGGAGCAGGGAGGAGUGUGCCCAGGGCUCCAGGAGAUCUCUGGACUGAAACCACAUCAUUCCCUAACUGAAGGUCGGGUUAUGUAGGGUGCCUUGUCCAAAACGAAGGAGGCUUCUAUCAGUGUAGGCCAUGAUCCCUGUUAAUGCAUCACUAGUAGACGGCCAUACUUGUGUCAGGUAAUCAUGAAAGAUUCUCCGGACCGGCACAAGGACGAGUGGCCAGGUCCUCAGUGACCUUGUUUACCCUAAUUGCACUAUGUCCCCAGAAGUGAGCGUGAUGUGUGCUGUCAGUAUUGUCUGUGAUCUGUGCUAGACCGGGGACAGGAUCUGUCCGAGGGAGCCUCUAGACCCUUGCUGCCUUACUCGUUUUGUGUCAAAGUCAUUGUUUGAUUCUGGUCAUCUUCUAUGUCCUGUAAUGUCUUAACAAUACCUCAGGCAACAUAUGUUUUAGUGCCAGUUAAAAACCACAGCACUGUCAACCUGUAUUUCACUAAUGAAACCUCUCGGCAUGGUGCUAGAGUGGCCAUGUAUACCAUGACAUUUUACUGGUCUGCAGCAUGAAACACAUAAUAUAUGGACUUACAACUAAUUUAUAACAUUUUAAAUAAGUGUUCUGACUCUUCUUGUUAAAAAAAAAAUAACAUGUAGAUGUUGUACUCUUUUUACUGAUCACAAUCGAUGAAUGAUGCAUAUUCUGCCAAAAGUUCUUCAUCAAACAGUCCAUCUGUUGGUUUUUAAGCAAUGCUAUGCCUGUUAGGUCCUGUUAACGCAUAAUAAAGAAAAAAUGGUUAGUAGUGCUGGAUUUAUUUUGAUGCUUUCAGUUUCAAUUUACACAGUUGAAAAUAAACAAUCAUUAGUUUA